AAUAAAUUUUAUAUAUAUUUUUGAUUAAAUAUCAUAACUGAUCUGACAAUAAUAAUUUCAGCGCGCAUUAUACUGGCAAUGAGGAUCUAUUUUGAGAAUCUUAUUCGCAAUGGAUUACGGCCAAAGGUUAAAUUUUAGACGAGUUUCGGUAUGAAGUAACAGUUCGUUUGGUUUAAUUCGACACCCACCUCCAACUCUUGGCUCCUGAAAUGGAUGAAUUAAAGCAUAGAGCAGAAGAAAAAAUCGGAGCACUUCAUGAGGCAGCGAAAGUUGCAGCAAAUUCAAGCAGAACAAAAGUCCAAGAUGUGUUCCACCAAACAGCAGAAGCCAUUCAAAGGAUACGAGAAGCUUUCCAAGAGCUAUGGAACCAUGAGUUGAUAGCCCAGAGUAGGGAUCGAGCAGCCGCAUGGGGAAGAGAGGCCGCCCAGAGGGUCAGGGAGGGAGCACUGCCACUGUCACCUGUAGUGCUGUACCAAGAACUAGUUGCCCUGUUUAAAGAUCACAUGUGGCGUCGGAGUAUGAUAAUAUUUGUGUGCGGCGCGAUGGUGGGCGGCAGUGCGGGCGUGAUCAUCGGGCUGCGGGCGGCGACGCGCGCACCCAACGGCCCGCACGCGCGCGCGCUACACACGCAGUCAGACCAGACUGUCAUACUGGUCGAGGACGCGGUAUCACCCGGGGCGGGUGCGGGCGAGGUGCUGGUGCGUGUGCAGGCGUUCAGCGUGUGCCCCGCGGACAGAGGCGUGCUCAGGGGCAGGGCGUCGGCGCUGCGGUCCCUACUCACACGAUCACCUGUUACCGUCGGUAGAGGGUUUGCUGGUGUGGUGUUGGACGUGGGCGUGGGGGUCAGCGAGCUGGAGAUGGGGGACGAGGUGUGGGGCUGCGUCAGCGAGUGGGCCGGCGGCGCCGCCAGCGAGCUGCUCGUCAUCAGGAGUACGCGUGUGUCGAAGCGGCCACGCAGCCUCGCGGCGGACGCGGCGGCGUCGCUGCCGUACGCGGGCGCGCUCGCUCUGCGGGCACUAGACCGGUUGCGGUACUCGCCCAACAACUGUAGGGGGAAACGGGUAGCGAUAGUGGGAGCUAGUAGUGGUGAAGGCUGCGCCAUCCUGCAGCUGCUGAGCAGCUGGGGCGCGCGCUGUACCGCCGCCACGCCGCGCGCGCUCGCACCAGCGCUCAAACAGAUGGGGGCACACGAGAUAGUGGAGAUGGAGGGCGGGGCGGCGGCGGCGGCUUCGUGGCUACAGUUGGAGGCGGCAGCGGCACGCGCGGGCCCCUGGGACGGCGUGCUGGCGUGUGCGGGCCCCGGCGCCCCGCCCCAGCCGCACCCGCACCCCACAGUGCUGCUCAAGGCGACGGCGCCUCGUAGUGCGCUGGUGGAGCUGCGAGCGCGGCCGCUGAUCACGGACCGCCUGCCGCUGCCGCUGUGGGCCGUCUUCAUCGCAUCCUUCUACACCUUCAGGGCGCUCAGGUGGAUGGUGGGUCUGGGCAGUCACACGGACUGGCUGGAGGAGCGGCACCAACUCGCACCGGGCCUGGAGUCGCUGCGACUGCUCGUCGACGCCGGACAACUCGUGCCCGUGCUGGAUAAGGUGUAUCUUCCACAAGACUUCGAGUCCGCUCUCGCGCACGCUUGCGGGGAGGAGGCAGUCGGCACCACCGUCAUACGAUUCCCAUAGAGUAUAGACUAAUGUCUCGAAACCUCACACAAAUCUCGUUAGCAAAAUGCCACUUUUAGUGGACAAUGAAUUGCAAGGAAUGGCAAAGUUUGGCCAUGCGAAAGUAUCCUAUCUCCUAUUUCUAGCUAAAUAACAAAUUUGACUCGAACUGUGUAACGAAAAUAUGAUUGAAUAGAAUAUAACAUAUCUACGAUCAUAAAAAGCAAAAACAAAAAGCGAUAUCAUCUCAGCUAAAAACUGCCCAAAGGAGUGAAAAAAAUUCACACUGUAUCCUGAUAUUAUGAAGUGUCAUAAUUUUAUUAUUCAGUCAUACAGCAUACAGUAAAAUAAUCAUUAUGCCAAAAAAUGUCUUCAGUCUCAACCAAAUGACAAAGAAAGAGAGAGUUCUCUUUUUUUCCUUCGUCAUUUUAAAGUGUUUAAAUAAUAUCAGAUUUUAUGUGUACAUAUAAUAAUUGUGUAAAUUCUAAAUGUUGUACUGAGUGAAUUGAGGUAAGAAAUGUGAACUCGUCUAUGACAAUAUAUUGCAGAUAGUUAAUUUGUGUAGGAGGCCCAAGACGUGUCCUUGAAAGGCAGCGCGCACAAAUAAGUUUUCUUAUCCGUAUUAACUAGUUAGUUACCAAAAUGAUCUUCAAAUUAUUAUAUCCUGCUCAAAUUUUUUGAAGUGGUUUAAACGUGGCCUACAAACAUGUCAGAAACGAUCAUCAUUUGUGAAGUUGCCAUACAUAAGCAAUAACGAACUAUAAAAUAUUUUAUUUCAUUAUUUGUGUAAAGUUAAUGAAUGGUUUUCAUGUUUUAGCACAAUUAUGUAUGUCUGGAAAACGUUAUUACUUUGUUUCCAUAUUUAUUACAACUGCCAAAGUUAUCUUUAGAUAUUUUUGCAUUAUUUUAGGGUUUUUUUUUUAGACAAAUUAUUUAGAAUAUUAUGAAAACAUCUUAUUUUUAAUUUAUAAAAUUUUGUGUUAUUUCAUUUGGGCUCCAUUAAACCUAAUAUAAUGUACGUCCAAUAAAGUUCCUUCGAAUAAGUUUUAUGUAGAUAGAAAAGUUACAUCUAAUAAUAAUACAUUUUAAAGGCUUCCUUUAUAAAAUCCUGCGUAUUUUAACCCCCUUACUAAUAAACGCUGUAUAAGCUUCGA